UCAUUUUUCCACGAUUCUGACCAAAACGAGAAAGAAGAAGAAAGAGAGAAGCGAAAAGUGUGUUUGUUGUGUAUCGAUCGGAAAAAUGGCGACGUCGAUGAUACAGAGGAUGUUUAAGCAAGGCACGAAGAUCGUAUGCGUCGGCCGUAACUACGCCGCUCACGCCAAAGAACUAGGCAACUCCGUUCCCAAGGAACCAGUUAUAUUCUUGAAGCCAACAUCGUCGUAUUUGGAAAAUGGAGGAACAAUUGAGAUCCCACAUCCUUUGGAUUCACUUCACCAUGAGGUGGAACUUGCUUUAGUGAUUGGACAGAAGGCUAGAGAUGUACCUGAAUCAAUAGCUAUGGAUUACAUUGGAGGAUAUGCUGUUGCUCUUGAUAUGACUGCUAGGGAACUUCAAGCUACCGCUAAGGCAUCUGGUCUCCCAUGGACGCUUGCUAAAGGACAAGAUACCUUCACUCCUAUCAGCUCUGUUCUGCCAAAGGCGAUGGUGCAUGAUCCCGAUAAUCUAGAACUUUGGCUCAAGGUUGAUGGUGAAACAAGACAGAAGGGCUUGACAAAAGAUAUGAUCUUCAAGGUCCCGUACCUCAUCAGCUACAUAAGUUCUAUAAUGACCCUUUACGAAGGAGACGUCAUCUUAACAGGCACACCAGAAGGUGUUGGGCCUGUAAAGAUAGGUCAGAAGAUAACGGCCGGGAUCACCGGUCUAUCUGAAGUUCAGUUCGAUGUGGAGAGGCGUGUAAAGCCCUUGAGCUAAGAAGUGGUUUUAUUUUUCUCAUACAAAAUGUCAAUUUUAUAAAAGCAUCUCUAAUUUUCAUCACUUACACUGUGUUUCCUUACACUUAGGAAGGGAGAAAUAAAACUCGUACUCCUUUCAUUUGUAAUCUCUAAAACAAUGGCUGUAAGACCGGUUUAGAUUGUUUAUACGGGAUGGGAGUAUUUCGAAAGUUGUGAUAUUUAUUGUUGGAGUCAGCAAAUUUCGAUGUAUGUUUACAACA